CAGUUGGAGGCGGAAGCAAAACAGCCAGCACCCAGCAGCCAAAGCGGAACAGGAAGGGGUAGGUGAAGAGAGGAAAGGGAGAUGGCCGGGGGCGGCGGCGCGGGGAGAAAGGUGGCGGUCGCCGCCGUGCAGUUCGCCUGCACCGACACCGAAUCCGACAACGUCGCUGCUGCCGAGAGGUUGAUUAGAGAAGCUCAUAAGAAAGGCGCAAACAUUGUCCUCAUUCAGGAGCUUUUUGAGGGGCACUAUUUCUGUCAAGCCCAAAGGAUGGAUUUCUUUCGGCGUGCUAAGCCUUAUAAAGAGAACCCAACUAUAUUAAGAAUGCAAAAGCUAGCAAAGGAGUUGGAUGUUGUAAUACCUGUAAGUUUUUUCGAAGAAGCAAAUAAUGCACAUUACAACUCAGUGGCCAUUAUUGAUGCUGAUGGAACCGAUCUCGGCCUAUACCGCAAAUCACACAUCCCAGAUGGACCAGGUUAUCAAGAGAAAUUUUACUUCAACCCGGGUGACACCGGUUUCAAGGCUUUCAAAACCAAGUAUGCAACUAUUGGCGUUGGAAUUUGCUGGGAUCAGUGGUUCCCAGAAACUGCAAGGGCUAUGGUGCUUCAGGGGGCAGAAAUAUUGUUCUAUCCCACUGCUAUUGGAUCUGAACCCCAGGAUAUUAACCUGGACUCCCGUGAACAUUGGAAGCGUGUUAUGCAAGGCCAUGCUGGAGCUAACUUGGUUCCUCUUGUUGCUUCUAACCGGAUAGGGAAGGAAACUGUUGAGACUGAACAUGGCAAUAGCACUAUAAAAUUCUACGGGAAUUCAUUCAUUGCAGGACCAACUGGAGAAAUAGUGAAGCUUGCAAAUGAUAUCGAUGAGGAAGUGCUGGUAGCAGAGUUUGACUUGGAUGAGAUCAAAUCUACCAGGCAUGGUUGGGGCAUAUUCAGGGACCGACGUAUUGAUCUUUACAAAGUGCUAUUGACAUUAGAUGGCGAGAAAUCAUCUUAGGCUCCAUUUUUGUGAAUCCGGCCUUCAAAGGGACAUGAGCUCCAAAAAAUUGGGAAAACAGAGUCCAUGCGAACUGCCGCUACACCCAAUGGUAGAUCUUCCCUUCUAGCUAUUCCCUGCUAAAAGAUUAAUAAAGUGCUUUGCCUCUGUACAAGGCAUCUCUGCGUUCCCAACUUGGUGAUUUUCCACCAAUGUAGCAUACCAUAAUAAAAUACUUGUCAUGUAAUGAUCUGACGAGGACACAAAAAAUUCAAAGAUGAAAGAUCAAAGCAAUAUACUACUGUUUGACUG